AUGGCUGCGAAUCUCGUCUUCCGCGCCGUCGCGCUGCUCGUCGUGUCUCUCCUGUGCCUGUCCUUCGCGCCAGCCGCGGACGCCGUGCACCGGCCGUACUGCCGCUUCGACGGGAGGCUCGUGGUGAGCAACCUGGUGAGGGAGCUCAGGGCGGCGAAGAAAUUCUCUACAUUCCUGGACGGGCUCAGGAAAACAGGGCUGGACAAGGACCUGCGCGACCUGUUCCACUGCUACGAGGCGACCGUCUUCGCUCCCACCGACGCCGCGUUCGCAGAGCUCUCGAGAGACGUCAAGGCGAAACUGGGCGACAAGAAGGUGCUUCGCGAGGUGCUGCUGCUGCACAUCGUCAAGGGCAAGAAAUCCAACGCCAAGCUGAUCGAACAGAAGAAGGGGCAUCAGUACGAAGCUGCAGCAGACUACUGCAGGGCGCGUCUGGUGAAGGUGUCAUCUGCGGGGUCCAAGAAGGUGAAGGUGAAGGCCGAAGGCGGUGUGGACGAAGCUGCUGUGGUGGCUGCUGACGUGGUGUCGCUGAGAGUGGUGGUGGCGCAUGGUGUGGAUAACGUCAUCCUGCCCAAGACUCUCCGCAAGGGCGACAGCAGCAGCCUCAAGCCUAAGAAAUGCACUGCCUGGUACAAUUGA